CAACAUUGUUUGGCUGAUUCCCAGGGCGGUUGAGAUACAGUGGUGUUAGAAGCUUGUGUAGGAUCAUUCGGUUGAGAUGACCCAGGUUGAGAAAAAGAUCUGCACCGAACACGGCCCGGGGGCGGAGAUUCUUCUUGUCUCGGGAGACCUUUGAUUGUCUGGUAGAUGAAUCACAAGGGCGAAAUUUAAAAUCGCUUUUUGUCAAAACACGUCAAACCACCGUGAAAAUUUUCCGUCGUUGUAAAAAUAAAAAAAACCAACGCUGCGGGCUAUUUGCUUUUUUCUCGAACAGGUGAUUUCAUUUUCCGUUAAAUUAGUUUUCUUUCUUUUCCCCGUUCGGACGAGAUCUUAUAUUUUCAUUGUAUAUUUUUGUAAAUUCAAAAAUUCAAAAUGGCCAAAAGUGCAAAAUCUUUCAGGAAAGACGUCAACGGCGAUACCGUUUAUGGAAAGCACUACGGGAAAACGGACCUCGAACGAUUCGGAAUCUUUGCGGAAAUGAUGUACAUGCACGGUCUCGGGUAUAAAUUUCCCAAAUUGAAUAGUGGUCUCCGGAAUUCUGGAAAGCAGAUGCUCUCAAGUGCCCCGAAGUGGAAAGUCGAAGGUCUCCAGGAUUGUUAUUUUGAUCGAGAGUUCAAGAGACUAUUUGAAGGAGAAGGAGGAAACACGACGCAAAAAAUUGAAAGGAAACUGUGGAAAGAAAAGAAAGAAAAAUUUUUAACGAAGGGUGGUUUUCAACCUCAAAAAGGGCACCAAUUCCAUUCAACGCCGGGCGAUCAUUUCGGAACUUUUAGCGGAAAAAUUGAAGCAUUUUCACCCAAGCAAAAGCCUCAGGAGAAAGAACGCUUCAAAAUGGGUUUCUCAAUGAAAUCAAGCAAGUUGGGUGGGUGCGGUUACGUCGACAUAACCAUCAACAAAUACCCGGAAUACUUCUCUUCUAAAGCAAAGCCUGGAUAUUGGAACCCGGAUAAGUCUAGGAUAAGAGACGGACCGAUAAAAAGCGGUUGGCCGCCAAGAUUGUUCGACGCGAAGGUGUACAUGCCGGUCGGGGACAAGGUUGAAAAGACGUACAUAACGACCCGCGAAAAACCUUGGACCAAGUACGGACGUUUCUACCCACCGAGUCAGAACAAGCUGCUGGGUGGUAUGAAGGGCGGCGGUUUUUCAAAGUUUCCGGAAUACUUACCUGAGAAGUACAUCGAUCCGUGGAAAAUUAUGAAAUACGGUUCGACGGGCAAGUACCAAGAGACGAACAAAGGCUUGGCGCCAUUCUUCCCACAGCCUUCCAACAAGUCGUACCCCGUGGUUUCCCCGAUGAACAGAGUCAUCGACAUAUCCACCACACCCAAAAAUUUCUGGGUAAAAAAACCGGCAACAUACAAGAGGGAAUUUGUAAUUUUAUAAAAGAACAAAUAAUUUUAACCCUGAAAAAUAAAUAUAUUUUAAACUUA